UGCCGACGCGCCACGUGACAUGAACAGCGCAGGCAGGGGUAAGCUGUGCAACAGAGCCGGUGGGGUUUUCAUCUCGGGUUUAAAAUGCUGUGUUAGUUCGGUCCUCCGCCGGAGAAAGAUUCGAGUUUUAUUGUUGUUGUUUUUCUCCCGAGAGUGGUUUUUUUUGGGGUGGGAAUUAGGGUACCUGCUGGGCUGACAAGGUGCUGUCUAAAGCCUUUCUAAUACAAAUUUUGAUUGCAAGGGUGACUGAUGCAGAGGAAACUCCCCAGCUGACAUUCAGACGGAUAGCAGUCGCAUAAUUGGUGCCAGAGAGUGGGCUGCUGGAGUCCUGGCCAGCUCCAUCAGCACUCACUUUGAAGCUCAUCCAUUUGCCACAGAUAUUUGGAUCUGUCCAAGACGAUGGGCAGGCAGCAGUUUUUGGAAGAUGCAGCACGGCAACUGGCAGACACUUGCCCUGCCCAAGCACGGUUUUUACUGUGGACACUCGGCAACAUAGAAGACAAAGCCCAAGAUUCUGUGAGCCGAGUGUGUCAUUACUGUUUCCAGUUUCUCCUUCCAGGUAAUGUUAGGGUACGUCUAAUGCCUAAAAUGAGGGUGACUCCACAGAUACAAAAACUACUUAAUCGGGAAGCAAAGGGCUACAAACUCAAUUUAAAACAAACAAAGCUUUUGAAGAAGUACAAGGAAGCAAAGAAUGUUCUGCUGGUUACCUGCAAUGCAUGUGGGAAAACAACAAGGCAUUCUGGGAAUAGUAGAGAAGGUUUGGGUAGAAAGGCAUCAGCCGGGAAGUCUUCAAACAAAACUACACCUGCCCGCCACCGUCAUCCUGGAUCCAACAGAGGGACACCAAAUUCCAGAACAUCAUCUGGUCAGUCAACUCCUCGUUCUUCCUCCAGGACUCAGAGAAACAUCAAAGACCACUUCACACAGCUGAAAAGACUGCUUCAUCUUGAAGAAAAUAAGAAAAGUAAUAAGGGGGACCUCAAAAACUUCUUAUUAUCACUUUAAUUUUUUUUGAAAUAAUUGGUGAAACAUAAUUGCAUAAAUUAAAGGAAUGUAUCCCUUAAGAAAAAGCCCACUGCUGCUGCGUUAACUAUAGUUUUUCAUAGAGUGAAGUGCUAUGAAACUAGAGAUGCAAAGGUAUGGAAAAAACUUGGAAAAAUGGGGGCAGGAACUGUCCUCCCUUUCUUUCCAAAGCCUUUUUUUUCUAAAAAGAUUAUGGAAUGUUUUCUUUUUGAAUGAUGAAUAAAACAUUUAAGAAGAGCUGUUUGUAUAUUUACUUCCCCCACAUGAUUCCCCAAAACCCUUAUAACAGGAAGACUUUUAUGAGAAUAUGUACAGUAUCAGAUCUUUACAGUUCUUGCAAGUCCUGAGUUGCAGACUUAGACUAUAGGCCCAUCUGCACCAUCACUUAAAUCAAGUGAGAAGCAAAACUAAUUGCUUAAUUAGUUAUGUUUCCCACUUGUUCCAUCAUUAUUCUCAGGAAACCUUUAAUGUUCUAAUGAAUGGGUGACAUCCCAAUUUCUUUUAGCUUACAAUAUGCCUUUUCACUAUCCAAAAUGCUCUUAAGAAAAUGUUAAGGUGGCACCAGGAGACACCCCAGGUUUUCACUAACCUAGUUUGGCGAAUGCCACCUCCCUCUUGCAUCCACUGCCUCUGCUCUCCUCCAUAUGACUCCAGACCUUAUCCUUGCUUUUGGGAGAGUCCCUCUUUAUUUCUUAACCUCACUGCCCCGCACUUCAUUAGCUCUUUCUGAAAAAUCAUUGCUGGUACUCCAGCUAGGCAAAUAAACAAGUGCACACAGAGAUUGUUGUUGUUAAGUCAUUUAGUCGUGUCCGACUCUUCGUGACCCCAUGGACCAGAGCACGCCAGGCACUCCUGUCUUCCACUGCCUCCCGCAGUUUGGUCAGACUCGUGUUGGUGGCUUCGAGAACACCAACAUGCUUGUAGAGUAAGAAAAAUAACAAAGUAGUUUAUUGUAUGAAGUAAAUAACUAGGAUAGGAAAGUUACUAGUUCUCUAACCUAACAAACUAAAGAAAGGCAGCCAUCCUUGCUCCUUUUACUCAGGAUAGCUCCCAGGUGACUUCUUGAAGUCUGACAAUGUGAGGGGGAUACAACCUAAGAUGUAUCAGUCUAAACAGAAAAAGCGAGGAGCCUUCACAUUCCUGUUUAGGGAAGUUUUUAAUGUUUGAUGUUUGAUUGUGUUCUUAAUAUACUGUUGGAAGCCGCCCAGAGUGACUGGGGAGGCCUGGCCAGAUGGGUGGGGUAUAUAAUAAUAAAAAACAUUAUUAUUAUUAUUAUUAUUAUUAUUAUUAUUAUUAUUAUUAUUAUUAUUUUCCCAGACUAUCCCUGUACCUUUAUGCUGACUUCUGUCUUUAUGCAAACCCCUCUUCUGCAAGCUGAGUUGCACCCAAACUUCCAAUUCUGUUUGUGUGUGUGUGUGUGUGUGAAAGAGAGAGAGAGAGAGAAGCUUUCUCUUUCCUGUAGUGUAGAGAAAAGGUUUGUUUCCCUCUGGGAUGAGGAGAUGAGUACACACAUGCACACCCGUGGAAGUGAGAGAAGGUGGCGAUUUUUUAUUCUAAAGGUGCGUAGAAAAUAGAUCUCUAAAUGUUUUGCAGUAACAAAAAAGAUUUCUGACUUCACAAUGGUUUUAUAGAGGGGUCAGGAGCCUCUGACCUUCCAGGUGCUGGAGUCCCAAUUCCCACUUGCCUGAGCCAGCAUGAGCAAAGGUCAGGAAUGGUAGGAGCUGUAGCCAAACCAUGUCUAGAGGCCUGCAGGGUCAUUCUUGCCCUCUGUGUAAUGGCAAGAACGUCCCCACCACACCCCCAAAUUAGGCUGCCUAAAUGAAUAAGGGUGGAGGGGAGGAAUGCUUGAAAGAACUAGGAGCUUCGUUCCCUGGGCCAAGAUGGAUGCAAAGAUCCUUAAUUCUGAGUGUGUGUCUGCUCCUUUUUGUACGUUACCGAUUUGCACAGUUCCAGGAAGUGGAACUCAAGAGUGUGGGGAUGUGGGAGUUGGUUUUAUAAACUAGGAUUUGUGGAUUUUAGGAUUGUGUCUGCCCAUUCCUACCAUGUACUGGCUUAAAAAAAAAAAAACAGCUCAUCUGAUCACUAGAUGGCACUGUCAUCUCAAACCAGCAGGAACAGCAAGCAACAAGUCUUCUCUAGCUUUCUGAUACCACCGUUGUGAUGGCAAAUGGCUUUUUAAAAAUAUAUAUUUAAAAGUGCCACAACUUGAGUCA